AUGUUCGGCUACAAGAUCUUCGCUGUUGUCGCUGCGCUUGCGCUGGCUGUCGUCGCCACUGACCCUGUCUGCGCUCCCGCCGCUACCGUGACUGUCACUAUCACCCAGUGCGUCCCCGAGCCCGGCAAGCCGUCGUCUGAGCCAGUCCCCGCUCUGUCAGAUGUCUCCUCUACCCCCGCUAUGUCGGCUGUCUCCUCGACUCCCGCUUUGUCGGCUGUAUCCUCUACUCAGGACGGCGGAGCGCCUGUACCUACCACUACUAGCGUUAUCCUGCCUCCCCCAGGACGACCAGUUCCCACCACCAAUGUCCCCGAUGACGAGCCUUCCAGUGCUACUACUACGGCUGUCGUGUCUCCCUCAUCCUCAGGUCGCCCUGGUGAGCCCACAACCACUGCCGUCGAAACUGCUGGCGCCGCUCUCGCAACGCCUGUCGUCGGUAUGGGCUCGCUCGUCGCCAUGGGUGCUGCAGCCCUGGCUAUCAUGGCCUAG